AUGACCUCUCUCAGAGCUCAACUCGCAAACCUUGCUCAAUCAAACCCUGAUGCGUCAAAACUCGAUUCUGUUGCACGUCGUGAUUCAUAUAUCUACUCGCCAACUCAGGCUGGGAAGUUGUCUUUGGAUCAGCUUCACCAAAUCGGACUAGAUGGACUUCAACAAUUAAUCAACUCUGAUCAUGAAUUUCAACAAUUUCGGCAUCCUCUAUUUGGAGAAGCAGCCAAGCGCACCGAUCGAACCCUACUUGAACCUGAGCCUGCUGCUCAACUAAAGCAAACCAUCGAAAAAUUUCUGUACUUGCUAGCACCUCACAUUCUCACCAAACCAAGUGCCUAUGCUAUCGAGUGGCUUGUGCGACGGUUCAGGUGA